UUUUUUGGAUGAGAGGUCAAAUCCACUGCUGAGCUCCGUAGAUUAGCGAAUUGGGCAACUUUAGUUAGUUAUGUUUACAUAAUAGUUUGCAAGAGGCUGUUUCUGAGCGCAGUUUCUCACGAGCUGCUGCUGUAAUGUUUGUUAGUGUUGACUGUGAUGAUCAGUGAUGCGCUGCGUGCACGCGCUCUACAGACGCAGCGUCAACACCUGGUCUGCUGUUGGAGCUGCGUUCAAUGUUCAGCACCAGCGACUGGAACAUUUGCAGAAAAAUGUGGGUCUGUUUGGCGUGUCGGAGCUCAGCGCUCCUGCCGGUUUUCAGGUGGCUCAACAUCAGGCGCUCCGGGAAGCAGAGUUUCUAGUCCACAGGGUUUGUUCUCAUCCUCCCGGCGCCGUCACUGUGGACACUUUCGACCAGCUCUCUGACAGCUUAUGCAGAGUAGCAGACCUGGCAGAUUUCAUCAAAGUGGCUCAUCCGGACGCUGCUUAUCGGGAGGCAGCGGAGAAAACCUGCGUUGACAUCGGAACUGUUGUGGAAAAGCUUAACACAAAUGUCGAUUUGUGUCAGAGUCUGAAGAAUCUGCUUGAAAAUAAGGCUGUUUUGGACACAUUGAACCCAGACACAAGAAGAGUGGCGGAGCUGUUCCUGUUUGAUUUUGAGAUAAGUGGAAUACAUCUGGAUGAAACAAAGAGGAGCAAGGCUGUCGCUCUUAAUGUGAAGCUGCUGGAUCUUUAUCAUGAGUUUCUGAGUGGCUCUCAGCUCCCAAACACAGUCGAGAAGCGAUUUCUACCAGAACAUAUUCGCCAUUUCUUCUCUAUAGACGGAAACCUGAUUCAGAUUGGAGGGUUGCACGCUGACUCUCCUAAUGAACUGGUGCGGGAAGCUGCAUAUAAAAUCUUUCUGUACCCCAACACUAGUCUCUUGUUUUGUCUGGAUGAGCUUUUGGCUUGUAGACAUGAGCUGGCUACAUUAGUGGGCUAUGAUUCCUAUGCACACAGGGCUUUGAAAGGGACCAUGGCCAAAACCCCAGAAACCGUGAUGAAAUUUUUGAAGCUGCUAACAGAAAAACUAUCCGACAGAACAUCGAAGGAUUUCAAAAUGAUGAAAGAAAUGAAGACGACGCACUCAACAAAUCCUGAAGUGAUGCCUUGGGAUCAUGCGUACCUCAGCGGUGUUAGUCGAACUGAAAAGUUUGAAAUUGAUCCCAGCGUCUACAGCCCGUAUUUCUCUCUUGGUGCCUGUAUGGAGGGACUCAACCACCUCUUCACAAAGCUUCUGGGGGUUUCUUUCCAAACAGAGCAACCGAAGAUGGGCGAAGUGUGGAGCGAAGAUGUUCGAAAGCUGGCCGUGGUUCAUGAAACAGAAGGACUGCUGGGAUACAUCUAUUGUGAUUUCUUCCGUAGAUCUGAUAAACCUCACCAGGACUGUCACUUCACCAUCCGCGGCGGGCGUCUGAGGGAGGAUGGAGUUUACCAGCUGCCUGUUGUGGUGCUGAUGUUAAGUUUACCUCCACCCAGCAGCAGAAGCCCAUGUCUGCUCACACCCUCCAUGAUGGAGAACCUUUUCCAUGAGAUGGGACACGCCAUGCACUCCAUGCUUGGCAGAACACGCUAUCAACACGUCACAGGAACCAGGUGUGCCACAGACUUUGCUGAAGUCCCUUCUGUUCUGAUGGAGUAUUUCGCUUCAGAUUAUCGAGUUGUGAGCCAGUUUGCUCGACAUUAUCAAACUGGAGAGCCCCUUCCUGAAAGCCUUGUGUCCCGUUUGUGUGAAUCUAAGAGAGUUUGCGGUGCUGCUGACACUCAGCUCCAGAUUUUCUAUGCAGCUUUGGAUCAGGUUUAUCAUGGAAAACCACAAUACAGAUCAACCACUGACAUCCUCAGAGAACUGCAGGAGAAAUUUUACGGGUUACCAUACGUUUAUAACACUGCCUGGCAGCUGAGAUUCAGUCACCUGGUUGGUUAUGGUGCUAAAUAUUACUCCUACCUCAUGUCCAGAGCGGUCGCGUCGAUGGUGUGGAGACAGUGUUUUCUUCAGGAUCCCUUCAGCAGAGUGAUGGGAGAGCGAUAUCGCAGAGAGAUGUUGGCUCAUGGUGGAAGUAAAGAACCUAUGCUGAUGGUCCAAGGAAUGCUACAGAAGACUCCUACCAUUGAAGACUUUGUUGACGCGCUAGUGCUGGAUCUCGACGUUAAUGUGAAGUCCCCAGUUUAGCAGAUCAUCAUGAAGAUUCUCAGAUUAUUCGGUCUCAAAUACUGAAUAUCCCAUUAUUUUCCAACGUCUUGCUGCCUUUAAAGCCUUAUUAAAAUGUGAAGAGAACAUGAA